UCUACUGUACAUCUGCACGAUGGACGGAGUCAGCGAGUUAGCUAUUCUUAUCCUGCAUUUUCUGUGUUUAACAUUUGUGAAUUGUACUGAUGAUAUUUUGGUUGCCUGCGGAGGGUUCGUCAAGUCAGAUGUGGACAUUAAUUACUCUCUCAUCGAGAUAAAGUUGUACACUAAACAGGGCUCACUGAAAUACCAGACUGACUGUGCUCCAAUCAAUGGUUACUUUAUGAUCCCACUCUAUGACAAGGGUGAUUUUGUUCUAAAGAUAGAACCACCUUCAGGAUGGAGCUUUGAUCCAACAACGGUUGACCUACAUGUGGAUGGAGUUACUGAUAUCUGCACUAAAGAACAAGACAUCAACUUCUUCUUUACAGGGUUUUCAGUCCUGGGAAGUGUCUUGAGUAAGGGGCAUUUGUUGGGCCCUGCAGGGAUUGAAGUUAGAUUGAGAAAAUCAGGAGAAGAUGAUGUUCAUCAGAGUGUCUUCACACAAGUUGGAGGCCAGUAUACCUUUACCAAGGUGCUUCCUGGAAGUUAUGACAUCACAGCCUCUCACACCUCGUGGACCAUGGAGCAGAGCUCAACCACAGUGGUUGUGACAAAUGAAAAUGCCCCCGCCGCAGCUCCUCUUGUGGUAAAAGGCUAUGAUGUCUCUGGGGAGGUGCAGAGUGAUGGCGAACCAAUGAGAGGAGUCAAUUUCCUUCUCUACUCUGCUAGCAUAACUCAAGCGGAUAUCAAUGGCUGCAGUAUUGUUCCUGUGGAUGGGGCUUUGUCUGGCGAGCCCUCCCUUGUGUAUUUGUGCAGUGUUCAGUCUCGUAAUGAUGGCACUUUCUCCUUUCCUUGCCUUCCCAGUGGGGAAUACACUGUGAUCCCAUACUACAGAGGCGAGAGGAUAACUUUUGAUGUUACUCCAUCUCGCAUGGAUUUCAAAGUAGAACACAACAGUUUAAUGUUGGAGCCAAUAUUCCGGGUCAUGGGAUUCUCAGUGAUGGGCAGAGUUCUGAAUAGCCCCAAUGGAGAGGGUGUUGCAGAUGCUGUAGUUACACUAAACAACCAAAUUAAAGUGGAAACUAAAGAAGAUGGUUCUUUCCGGUUGGAGAAUAUGACCACAGGCACCUAUACAAUCAACACACAGAAAGAGCUGAUGUUCUUUGAGCCAGUCACAGUGAAGAUUGCUCCCAGCACCCCUCAGCUGCCGGACAUCAUCACUGCAGGGUUUAGUGUGUGUGGGCACAUCUCAGUCACCCGUCUUCCUGAGGGCGUUAAGCAGCUUGGGCGCUACAAGGUUAUUCUGUCUGCCUUGAAACAGGAUCAGGGCUUUUUCCGGACCAUCGAAAGCGACAGUCAAGGAGCUUUCUGCUUCCAAGUUAAACCAGGGGAAUACAGCGUGCAGGUGACCCUCCCUGAAGCUGAAGUGAAGGCUGGGCUUGCUUUACAGCCACAUUCUCUCGAUAUCUCACUGGUGGAUCGUCCUAUCACUGACCUUCUCUUUACUCAGUUCAUCGCAUCUGUCACUGGCUUUGUUUCCUGUCUUGCCGCAUGUGGAGAUUUGACCGUCACCCUUCAGCCUGUCAGCAGACAGGGAGAGAGGCAGAACCUCCAGCUGUCUAGCAGCAUUGAAACCCUCAGCUUCACUUUCAGUAAUGUACUACCUGGCAAGUACAAAGUGGCUAUCACCCAGGAUGAGUGGUGCUGGAAACAUAAGUCAGUGGAGGUUGAUGUACUGGACUCAGACAUACAAGGAGUGGAGUUCAGACAAACCGGAUACUUGCUACGCUGCUCACUGUCCCAUGCCAUUACUCUGGAAUUUUUCCAAGAUGGAAGCACACCUGAAAAUGUUGGCAUUUACAAUCUGUCCAAAGGAGUAAAUCGCUUUUGUCUGUCCAAACCAGGUGUUUACAAAGUGACUCCACGGUCCUGUCACCAGUUUGAACAAGAUUACUACACCUACAACACGUCUGCCCCAAGCAUCUUAACCCUGACUGCGGUCAGGCACCACAUGACAGGACUCAUCACCACUGAUAAGAUGCUUGAUGUCACCGUCACCAUCAAAUCUUCCAUUGAGAGUGAGCCUGCCCUGGUUCUGGGACCCCUGCGAUCAAUUGAGGAGCAGCGACGGGAACAGCAGCUCCUGGACAUAGCCGCCCGUAGGAAAGAGAGGGAGGAAAGAGCAGAAAGAGGAGAGGAGCAGAACCCACCCAUGGAAGAGAAACCAGAGGUCCUCCAUGAGCCUUUUCACUAUGACUUCUCCUACUGGGCACGGGCUGGAGAGAAGAUCACAGUCACACCUUCAUCCAAAGAACUGCUGUUUUACCCUCCUGAAGUAGAGGCUACAAUCACUGGAGAGAACUGUCCGGGUCAAAUGGUGGAGAUUGCUGGCCGGGCAGGGCUGUUCCUCAAGGGGCAGGUGACGCCUACACUGGAGGGUGUGGAAAUCUCCAUUAAGGAGAGUGGGGCCACAACGCCGCUCAUUACAGUUCACACAGAUGCUAGCGGAACAUACAGUGUUGGACCCCUACAUAGUGACUCUCAGUAUGACGUCAGUGCCAGUAAAGAAGGCUUUGUCCUGACCCCUGUGGAGGGAAAGACAGGAGACUUCAAGGCAUUUGCCUUGGCAGGCGUCACGUUUGAGAUCAAGUCAGAUGAUGGUGUCUCUCUCUCUGGGGUUCUGCUCUCUCUUAGUGGGGCCAACUUCCGCUCAAACUUACUUACUCAGGACACAGGCCUCCUUACCUUCAACAACCUGAGUCCUGGCCAGUACUAUUUCAAGCCCAUGAUGAAGGAGUUUCGCUUUGAGCCCUCAGCACAGAUGAUCACCGUAGAAGAAGGACAGGUUCUUCAUAUUCCCAUCACUGGCUUCAAAACAGCAUACAGCUGCUAUGGGACGGUGCAGUCACUAGGUGGCAAUGCCGAGCAGGGUGUUGCCGUGGAGGCAUUGGGGCAGGGAGAGUGCAGCAUGUACAGUGAGGACACGGUGACUGACGAGGAGGGCCGCUUCAGACUCCGAGGCUUGCUGCCUGGGUGUGACUACAACAUUCAACUGAGAGGAGAAGGAAAUGACCACAUAGAGAGAGCACUGCCGCCACACAAAACCAUCAAGGUGGGCAACACUGAUGUUGACGGACUAAACAUCAUUGCCUUCAGACAGAUCAAUCAGUUUGAUCUGAGUGGCAAUGUCAUCACUUCUCCUGACCAUCUUCCUACUCUCUGGGUAAAGCUGUACAAGAGUGACAACCUUGACAAUCCCUUCCAGAGUGUGUCCCUCGGCCAGUCCCUGUUCUUUCACUUUGCCCCCCUGCCACGUGAUGGAGAGAGCUAUGUGUUGAUGCUGGACACAUCACUCUCUCGCUCCCAGUAUGACUUCAAACUUCCACAGGUUUCCUUCACGUCCUCUGGUUACCACAAACAUAUAACACUGACCUUUAACCCAAAGAGGAAAAUGCCAGAUCAAGAUGUUGCCCAGGGAUCCUACAUUGCCCUUCCUCUGACUCUACUGCUGCUUCUUGCUGUGUAUAAUCAUGAGCGGGUCAUGCCACUUCUUCUGCAGCUGGUCAGUCAGAUCCAGGGUGUUCGAGGCCUCGCUCAGACAAGCGGGGAUGGACUCGCUGUGGACGAAGCCAAGCGCCAGUCAAAGAGGCCAAAGAUGAGACGCACUUGAGAGCCCGGCGUGACCUAAUAUGAAGGCCAAGCCAACCACUGCAUUCACAUCUCUUAAAUCUCUCUGGUUUUCAGCCAAUUCGCAAGACCAUGUCUGAUUUGAGUCCUAAUAUAGAAAAAUCUCACAUGUGGACGACAUAAUUUUCUGGACAUCUUUGGUAUAAUAUGAGAUUUAUUUACUCUGGGUGUAGUUUACAUAGUGUUCUGGUGGCACAGAUUGGUAUCUUCUUAGCUUUCAGUCCCUGGCAUAUGUGAACGUGACUCAAGAGAUGUUGUGGGUUUGGUUAUUUAUGUUAGUGAGAGAUUGCUCAGGGAGGAUGGCUGAUGUAAGAGAGUGUAUGUGACUGGGUGACUGUGUGCAACUGUGCGUGAGUGGCUGGGUGUGUGUGCGUGAGUGGCUGGGUGUGUGUGCGUGAGUGGCUGGGUGCGUGUGCGUGAGUGGCUGGGUGCGUGAGUGGCUGGGUGCGGGAGUGAGUGACGUGGUGCGAGAGUGAGUGACGUGGUGCGAGAGUGAGUGACGUGGUGCGAGAGUGAGUGACGUGGUGCGAGAGUGAGUGACGUGGUGCGAGAGUGAGUGACGUGGUGCGAGAGUGAGUGACGUGGUGCAAGAGUGAGUGACGUGGUGCGAGAGUGACUGUGAGUGACUGGGUGCGUGUGUGUGACUGUGUGAGUGGCUUGGUGCGUGUGUGUGACUGUGUGAGUGGCUUGGUGCGUGUGUGUGACUGGGACUGCGUGUAUGUGUGUGGCUGGGUGCGUGUGUGUGACUGUGGGACUGCGUGUAUGUGUGAGUGGCUGGGUGCGUGUGUGUGUGUGACUGUGAGUGGCUGGGUGUGUGUGUGUGACUGUGAGUGGCUGGGUGUGUGUGUGUGACUGUGAGUGGCUGGGUGUGUGUGUGUGACUGUGAGUGGCUGGGUGUGUGUGUGUGACUGAGUGGCUGGGUGUGUGUGUGACUGUGAGUGGCUGGGUGCGUGUGUGACUGUGAGUGGCUGGGUGCGUGUGUGUGUGUGACUGUGAGUGGCUGGGUGCGUGUGUGUGACUGUGGGACUGCGUGUAUGUGUGUGUGUGGCUGGGUGCGUGUGUGUGGCUGGGUGCGUGUGUGUGACUGUGUGUGGCUGGGUGCGUGUGUGUGACUGGGACUGCGUGUAUGUGUGAGUGGCUGGGUGUGUGUGUGUGUGACUGUGAGUGGCUGGGUGCGUGUGUGACUGUGAGUGGCUGGGUGCGUGUGUGUGUGUGACUGUGAGUGGCUGGGUGCGUGUGUGUGACUGUGGGACUGCGUGUAUGUGUGUGUGUGGCUGGGUGCGUGUGUGUGACUGUGUGUGUGGCUGGGUGCGUGUGUGUGACUGUGUGUGUGGCUGGGUGCGUGUGUGUGACUGGGACUGCGUGUAUGUGUGAGUGGCUGGGUGUGUGUGUGUGUGACUGAGUGGCUGGGUGCGUGUGUGACUGUGAGUGGCUGGGUGCGUGUGUGUGUGUGACUGUGAGUGGCUGGGUGCGUGUGUGUGACUGUGGGACUGCGUGUAUGUGUGUGUGUGGCUGGGUGCGUGUGUGUGACUGUGUGUGUGGCUGGGUGCGUGUGUGUGACUGUGUGUGUGGCUGGGUGCGUGUGUGUGACUGGGACUGCGUGUAUGUGUGAGUGGCUGGGUGUGUGUGUGUGUGACUGUGUGAGUGGCUGGGUGCGUGUGUGUGACUGUGUGUGUGGCUGGGUGCGUGUGUGUGACUGUGUGUGUGGCUGGGUGCGUGUGUGUGACUGUGGGACUGCGUGUAUGUGUGAGUGGCUGGGUGCGUGUGUGUGUGACUGUGUGAGUGGCUGGGUGCGUGUGUGUGACUGUGUGAGUGGCUGGGUGCGUGUGAGUGACUGUGUGCGAGAGUGACAGUGUGUGUGACUGAGUGAUUGUGUGCGUGUGUGACUGGGUGCGUGUUUGUGUGUUAUCUUUGGGAUAGGGAGAAAUAAUGACCCAAGUAAUUGAUAAUUAAUUGAUUACAAUAGUGUCCUGAAUGAGUAGGUUAUUUAUUAACAAUUUUCUCAAAUAUAAUUACUAGAUUUUAUUAAUCACCCACUCCCAUUCAGUUGCCAGUUCCUUUUUUAAUCACAAAACAUGUACUAGAAUUAAGUUGUAAUUUACAAACUUUUCCCCUCAAAUUUUUAUUAAAAAAAUCAGUGAUGUUUUUUGUUUCCUUUAUAUGUUAAAAUGUCACAAGACAUAACCAAAAGCUAAUUUUUGACAAUUCCUUCAGAUUGACCUGCGGUUUGAUGGGUUCAGUACAUAUUCAUUCCUUUGAAUUAAAAAUGAUCAUCAUGUGAUAAUGUGUAUGGAUACCAGAAAGAACAAUGAAAAUAAAGCGUUUUUGAAUUUA